CUUUCAGAGGAUUGCCAACCAACCGUUUGCCCCGAAUCCGGAAUAUGAGUGAUACGCGUGAGCAGAUUCUGGAGCAAAUCAAAGUGCAAGGCGAUCUCGUGCGACAGUUGAAAGCAGCGAAGGAGUCGAAGGAGAAGGACUUUGACGAAGAGUACCAGUUCAGUCAAGAUCGGAGUCAGCAUAGGAAUCAGCAGGCGGAGCAGCGCCGGGGAGCAGCGGGCGGUGCCGUCUGAAGCGGUGGCCAGCAUGCCGGAGACGCUGCCCGCCACUGCGACGGUGACGGCGUCGAGCAUCGACUGCACCGUGGCGGUGCUCAAGGUGCCCACGCCCACCCUCCAGCUGCCGGAGGUGUGCAAUCUGCAGAGCCUGGGCCUCAUCAUGGAGCCCAACAACAUUAACAUCGAGCUAAAUCCCGCCGCCGUCGUCACGCCCGCCCUGGAGCCAGCGGGACUCAAGAUGAUGACUAUGGACAUUACCAAAACCGAACCCGGACUCGUCGGGCUUUCCUCCAACCAGCAGCAGCAGUCCCAGCAAUCCAACACCGGCAUGAACAGCGGUGGCCAGAACAACGGGCCCAAUCCCAAUGGCAACGGGAAUGUGGUCAAUGUGGUCAACGCCGGCGGAGCCGGUGGCGGCAACAAUGGCAACGGGAAUGUCCAGAGCAUCGCCGCUGCGGCCAACAACAAUAACAACAACAACAACAACGGUAGCCAAUUGUGCGCAGGAUGCGGCAAGCACAUCCAGGAUCGCUACCUUCUGCGCGCCCUGGACAUGCUGUGGCACGAGGACUGCCUCAAGUGCGGCUGCUGCGACUGCCGCCUGGGCGAGGUGGGCUCCACGCUGUACACCAAGGGCAACCUGAUGCUCUGCAAGCGGGACUACUUGAGAUUGUUUGGCAACACGGGCUACUGCGCCGCCUGCAGCAAGGUGAUCCCGGCCUUCGAGAUGGUGAUGCGGGCCCGCACCAAUGUCUAUCACCUGGAGUGCUUCGCCUGUCAGCAAUGCAACCACAGAUUCUGCGUGGGCGACCGCUUUUACCUGUGCGAGAACAAGAUACUCUGCGAGUACGAUUACGAGGAGCGCCUGGUCUUCGCAUCGAUGGCCAAUCACCCGAUGCUGAAGCGCCAUGUGUCCUCCUUGGGUCAAGGAUCUCCGACCGGAGCGGCCGGGGCGCAGAACACCGCCGGCGGACUGCUGGGCGGCGGUCCAGGGGGCGGCAAUGUGAACGGCGUCGGCGUGGGCAUGGUCAACGGACCGCGCACUCCCGGCGAUCACAACAACAACAACAAUGGGCCCCAAACGCCAACCGGCGGUGGCUCACCGUUUGCCGCAGCCGCUGCCGCCGCCGCCGCCGCUGCCCAUAUGAAGAAUCAACUGGGAGCGUCCAGCUAAAAUAAAGCCCUAGGCAUGGGCGCCACUGGAGCUGUUCUUGCGGGAUCUGGAGUCGGCGCUGGAGCAGGAGUUGGAGCGACGAGUCAGCAAUUCUACUCGGGCUUUGGACUGCAGCACCAGCACCAGCAACAGCAACACCAACAACAGCAGCAGCAGCAGCAGCAGCUCAUGGGACUGGGCCUGGGAAUGGGCGGCGGUGGAGGAGCUGGUUCCGCCGGUGGAGCAGGAGGCGGAGGCGUUGGCAGCAUCGGAAGCGGGUGCAAGCGCUACCAAAGAAAGUUCUACAACCGCAACUGAGGGGAGUCGACGGGGGAGAAAACGCUAUGGGAAAGGAUACAGAAAUACAGAAUCGAUAUUCAAAUCUUCGUUUGCUUUGACUGAGUUCAAGUUUUAUAGUUUUAAAGGCUUAUAGUUUAGUUAGCCUACACAAAAGUACUUGCUGAAUUUGCAGACAUUUUUGGAUCCUAUCAUUUAAGAGACAAUAUGUUUACUUAGUUCUACUCGAGAAUAACCCCUUUGUUCAUAAACAAGGUUUUUUUUUGUUUCCACUGAAACCUGUACAUAUUUUCCUUGUAAACUGUUGACUUUUUAGCGCGAUCCUUUUUUUUUAUAUACACAACCUUAUAGAUAUAUUCGUAUUUAUCUAUGUAUAUGCAUAAAUAAUUUUAUUUUCACGCUCGAAGCGUGCGGUGCCAAAACAAAUUCAAAGCAGUGCCAAAAAGUUUUAAAAUAAACGAAGGAUAAAAAUGAAGAAAGUGAGGAGAAAUGCAGGCGGCUGGAGGAAAAUGGGAUUUGUGGACCUAUAAAAUCGAGAGAGUUAAAUAUCCCCACCGAUCAAAAUUCGAUUUUCCAUAUGUCCCUUUAGUCCGAAGGAGUCGCGAAGAGUGGUGGAUGAUUGGACGGUGUUGGAGGGCAAUUGGCAAAGUGAACUUUGAUGUGUAAAUAUUGAAACAUUCUGCACACGACUUAAGCACACAUGAUUUUUGUUCUGAUUCCAUUUUAAGUCUGUUGGAGCAACGUUGUUGAUUAUUAUUUAAGUUUAGUUUAGUGCGAGGCUAAAGAAUGUUCUUUCCACGGCGAACGUUGUAUAGAAGUAGCUGGGUGGAUGCCGAUCCACGAUGGUCCAGCGUUAGAUGUAAAGAGCCUAAGCUAGGUCGAUGUAAAGUUAAGAAUUUGUGUGUGUAUCUAUAACCAAUCGAACUAGUUACAAUAUGGGUGUAUUUAUUAAUCCUUUUUUUUGCAAUCUAAUGUAACACUAAUCAAUAUGCGUAAUUAGCGUUCGAUCGGAGCUAGCAAAUAUACUAAGUACGGGAGAAACCAAAGUGUGUGUAUAAGCAUCAGUCUAUCUACGAGCGAUAAACAAUUCUACCUAUCUAUCGAAUUACCGAAACUAUGUUAAAUAUCGUAAUAAUCUAAUAAUCAGACCUAAGUAAGAGCGAUUACCCAAUAUUUUUUUUUGUA